AUGAAACUUACCACAAUUGCGUUGGUGUUGUGUGCGUGCGUGUGGUUGUCAGCGGGAGAUGUCGCUCACCUUAAGUCGGCGAAGACCAAGUUCCUGGGGAAGAUAGUGCGCGCAAAGCAUCACAAGAGAGGCGUACUCUCCUCCAUACCACCCUACAAACUUGGAUACGACAUUCCCGUAGUGACUCAUUCAGUGUUAAAACCUUUAGUUGUGUCAUACCCACCGGCCGCAGCUGUUACCGCAGUUAAAGUUCCACUUACUAAUCCUUUAGCUGGCCGUUAUCCUGUACCGGUGGGACACAGAGUACCAGUGCCACAUCCUCAUUAUGGUCUUAAAUUCCCUCACCACACGAAGACUGUACUAUUGCCCAAGCCUGAAAAUCAUUUUCAUCAUCACCAUCAUCAUGUCGAACCUAAGCCACUGAUACCCGAACAUGUACACGUCCCAGUUCCAGUUCCCGGUCCUCCUGCACCUGUAGUGAAUAUUGCACAACCCACUGCGACAGUCCAUGCACAUCCUGUACCAGUUCCUUCCCCACCUGUGCUAAUACAACCGCAACCAAUACCAGCGCCCGCCCCGGUCUUUCCCGCACCAGCGUUAGCUCCUGCCGCUCAUCUUCUACCCCAAGAACAUGUUCACCUAAGACCAGUUGUACCUGCCCCUGCACCAGCACCAGCUCCAUUUACUCCUUUAUUACCUGUGCAAUCACAAUUCCCGUAUGUUCUCCGGCCAGGCAAUGCAGUACAAACAUCUUACUUUGCAAAUUAUCCUAGAUAUCCAUUCUUAAACUAUCCGUCUCCAUUCUACCCAUUACUUCAAGCAGCUGCCUCACCACCAAUCAACCAAGUAUUACUCGACCAUUCCCAAACUCCUCACUUACAUCCGCACUUACAUUUAGUUCCGCAGGCUGGAAAUCAAGAUGGAGUGAUAAUUGAACAACCAGGGUCGCAUGAACAAACGUUACUACAUCAUGCGCAACCUGAUGGUCCUCAUCUUCACUUGCAACCAACGCAGCCGGCCCUACACCUACAACCGACACAACCGGCUGUGCAUCUACAGCAGGACGUGCAUCUACACCAUGAGGUCCCUCUACAGCCAGGUCAGCCUGAAGUCCAUGUUCAUUCUGCUCAACCCGAGAUUCACUUCCACUCUCCUCAGCCUGGUUUCCCGCAGCCAACACAGCCUACCGUCCACGUACAGCCAACUCAACCAGCGAUCCAUCAAGUUCCCCUUGAACAUAACGGCUGGUCUCCAGUACAGCCGACGCCUCACGACAUUUCGGGAUCGCAAGCGGGAUUUCAUGUAGGACAAGAUACCAACUUUGGUCACGGUACUCAAUUUGGACAUGACGGUCAAGGUAAUCAAUACGACCAAGGCAAUUACUUUGCACAUGGAGGCCAGUUCGGUCAAGACGGAAAUUUCGGUCAAGCUGGACAUCAUCAAUUUACACAGGAACAUGGCACGCAGGCCUAUGAGCAUCAUAGUGGUGAUGAGCAGUACAACUAUCAGAACGAGUUACAGCAUCACAUUCAACAACAGUUGGAUCAAGCGCAGUUCGAACAGCACUUUAACAAUCAACAACACCAGCAAGCCAGUGUACCUCACGAUUCGUACGGUGUGCCUCUAAACCAGGACUACGGACAACCUAACCAGGACUUUGGUCACAGUGGUCAAGACUUUGGACAAGGUCAGGACUUCAGCCAGCAGGGUCAACAUUUUGGGCAGGGUCAAGACUACAAUCAACAUGGCCAAAAUUUUGGGCAAGGUGAUUUUAGCCAGCAUGGACAAGAUUUCAAUCAGGGCCAGGAUUACAAUCAGCAACAGCCAGCUGCGGAGUACGGUGUGCCGCAAGGUGCUGAGGGGCGGAGUUCGGAGGGGGACGAGGAAUUCCACAAUCAUAUUCCUCUAAAAUUACAGCCACCGCUUGAAAAAGCGCUCGAACAUUUCAGGAGAUAG